GUUAUUAUUAUAAAGGUUUGCUACUUUGUUUCCUAUCCUAAACCUAAAAGGAGCAGAGAAACUUGUCUAAGAGUACAUAGAGAGCUUCUGAAUCCGAUCGGCUUUUCUUUCUCAUUCUGCGGAGGAGCCAUGGGGAGAGGAAAGUUCAAGAGCAAGCCCACCGGUCACCGCAACUUUUCCACUCCCGAAGAGCUCCUUGCUGGAACUUCUUCUCGCCCUCGCACUUUUAAAAAGCAAGAAGCUGAACAUAAAGAGGAGGAAGAGUCUGAGGAAGAAUCUGGAGAGGAAUCUGAAGAAGAAUCCAAUGAGAAACGUAAAGGUAUUGAAGGAAUUAUUGAGAUCGAAAAUCCUAAUUUGGUAAAGCCAAAGACAGUGAAAGCUAAAGAUAUCGAUAUUGGCAAAACAACUGAACUUUCAAGGCGUGAAAGAGAAGAGCUUGAAAAACAGAGAGCUCACGAGCGAUAUAUGAGACUGCAGGAACAGGGAAAGACUGAUCAAGCAAGGAAGGACUUAGAGCGUUUGACCCUCAUACGUCAACAAAGGGCAGAGGCUGCUAAAAAGAGAGAAGAAGAAAAGGCUGCCAAAGAACAGAAGAAGGUUGAAGGUCGCAAAUGAGCUUGUUGCAGAUGUCGAGCAAAACAAGCUGUGGUGCUGCUCUAGGGACAAAGAAAAUAUGUGUUUCGUAAACAUAUACUAGCUAGUUUUUUUCCCCUUUCUGCUGAGAUACUUUGCUAAUUUUGUCUACUGAUAGUUGACUAUAUCAUUCUAAAACUCAGUUUCAUGGUUUAGUUUUCAGUUUCAUUUUGUUGCUUUAUACCUAUAUGUCAACCUAGGUGAUUUUUUUUUUUCUUAUUUUAGUCAUUUGGAAAAUUGGAAGUUAGCUUUUUCAUGUUAAGAAGCAUAUAUUUGUGAUGCCCGAGAUUUAGAGCAAUGCUAUUAUGGUUUAGCUAUA